AUGGGCUUCAGAAUAAAGCAUAUAUUUCAUCAGAAUGCUCUGCAACCCAAACUACCAUAUAUAGCGAUGGUUUUAAUACUUACUAGUGUACUAUCAGUUAUAUCAAUGAUUGUUACACUAACCUUAUCCCUGUUAAAUGGCGAGUUUAAAACGAAUACAUGUAUAACAAUUUUCGCAGGUGUAUUCAAUAUCAUUGGUUUUUUUCUAGGAAUGAUGUUGGUUAUUUUACAGAAGAUGAGAGAAACGUUUCCCUUGAAUAUAAUAAUGUUAAUUUUAUACGGAUUGGCUGUAUCUGCAGCUCAAGGAUACUCUAUCAUCAAUGUGGAAGUUCCAGUAAAAGCCAUAGCAUGGGUUAUUGCUUUUGUGUUGCUUUCGAUUUUGGUCCCGAUAGGUUUUGUUAUAAAGACUGACUUAAGUCAAUAUACAAGUGUAUUUAUUAUUUACUGUGUUGCCGAACUUUCCACAAUCAUGGUGGCAUUUCUCGGUCUUAUUAUAGCAGGUUACACACAGGUGGCUUUGGCUGUUUUUGUGGCCGGGGCAUUUCCCAUAUUGAUUCCUCUUGCUAUUGGUUUUGGGCAGCUUAUAUUUGGUACAAGUUUCAGUUAUACUUACAAUCCGGAUUACUGUCUGGCAUCAUUGACUUUAUUCACUACGUUAUUGGGAUUUUUUAUUUCCAUCAGUGUAGAAGGUCAUUUCAUUACACGGUUAAUCAAAAAUAAUACUAUUGUUAAACUACUGUAA